AUGGUCAAUAAGUGCCUGAAUGUAGAGGAAGGUAGAGGGAGUUUGAAGGCAGCUUUUAAGGGAUGUUGUGCAUGUGUCGAUAGGACACCACCAUCAACAUGCAGACGACACAGUUCUGUGUAUGGUCUGAGUGCUAAUUAUGAUGUUACUGAGACACUUGAUGAGCCUAUCAGUUGUGCUAGCUAUCAUAG